GCCGAAGUCAAGCUAAGCAAGAAGAGAAGACGCUCUCAACAUGGCGGCUAAAGUGGGAUGUGGCCUAUAUCCUCAACAUGGCGGCUGCUGUUGACCGGAGUACCAGAAAUCUCCUCCUCAACAUGGUGUCUGGGCAGCGACCGUGCAGUCUGUACGGGCCCGGCUGCGGCCGGGUUUACUUUAUAUACACAGCAGAGAAAUGGAUUCAAAAGAGUGCCACAAAAGACUGAACCUCGAAAACCAGACCAAGAAACUGGCUCCAAACCAUACAAAAGCAGUCUGUCUCCUCCAAUACAGGAAACAGUCUUUUAUACUUCUUCCCCUUCGCUGAAGCGUCUUGUGAAGCCGUUCUUUUUUACAAUUGGGUUUACAGGCUGUGCAUUUGGAUCAGCUGCUAUUUGGCAGUAUGAAUACCUAAAAUCCCGGGUCCAGAGCUAUUUUGACGAGGCUCGAGCAGAUUGGAUGGAUAAGUUACGACCUCAGAAAAAUGGGGACUUCAGAAAGCAGGUUAACAAGUGGUGGAAUAGCCUGAGUGAGGGUCAGCGGACUGUGACAGGUAUCAUAGCUGCAAAUGUCUUUGUGUUCUGUUUAUGGAGAAUCCCUUCUAUGCAGCGGACAAUGAUUACUUACUUCACAUCUAAUCCUGCCUCUAGAGUCCUUUGCUCUCCCAUGCUGCUCUCUACAUUUAGUCAUUUCUCUUUGUUCCACAUGGCUGCAAAUAUGUAUGUGUUGUGGAGUUUUUCUUCAAGUAUAGUGUCUCUUUUGGGACGUGAGCAGUUCAUGGCAGUGUACCUUUCUGCAGGUGUUAUCUCCACAUUUGUCAGUUAUGUCAGUAAAGUAACUACUGGAAGAUUUGGACCAUCACUUGGAGCUUCAGGAGCUAUAAUGACUAUCCUUGCAGCAGUAUGUACGAAGAUGCCAGAAGCAAAACUAGCCAUCAUACUUCUUCCGAUGUUCACAUUUACAGCAGGAAAUGCUUUAAAAGCCAUUAUUGCAAUGGACACCGCAGGACUUGUUCUGGGUUGGAAAUUUUUUGAUCAUGCAGCGCAUCUUGGGGGAGCUCUAUUUGGAAUUUGGUAUGUAACUUAUGGUCAUGAACUCAUAUGGAAGAACAGAGAACCACUGGUGAAGGCUUGGCAUGAAAUGAGGUCUAAGAGCCGAGGAAAAGGAGGUGGAGGAUCUCACUGAUUCUAAUUUUGCAGCCUGCUUGUGCAGAAGACAGUGUGCUACUUGAAGACAUGGAAGUGAAUUGGUUCUGGAAUUUUUUUUGCAACUCCACAGAAAACCACUUAGGAUGUGUAGUUUCUAACGUAAACUACACUUGCAAAUAAAUGCAGUUCAGUACAGUAGAGAAUGAACUGACAAAGUUGAAAAAAUAAAGUUUAUAUCUGAUUGGUUUA